AUGUAUAGUAGUAGUAGUAGUAAUAGUAGUAGUAGUAGUAGUAGUAGUAGUAGUAGUAGUAGUAGUAGUAGUAGUAGUAGUAGUAGCAGUAGUAGUAGUAGUGAUAGUGGUAGUAGUGGUGAUAGCGGUGGUGAUGGUGUGUGGGUCAUCUCCUCCUCCUCCUCCUCCUCCUCCUCCUCCUCCUCCUCCUCCUCCUCCUCCUCCUCCUCCUCCUCCUCCUCUUCCACCUCCUCCACACCCACUCAUUCCUCCUCCUCCUCCUCCUCCCGUUCUUCCUCUUCUUCUUCCUCCUCCAUCUCUUGUAUAACUUAA